AUGACAGACAUCGAUUUAGAACAAGGGGGAGCUUUUGGAUAUCACCACCGGAGGUCAUUGGACGGAAGUGACGCCAGCGUUUAUUAUUCAGACGGGGAAGACGUGACGUCAUGCUACUCUUACUUCUAUUCGACGACUGGAGGAUCGUACGAAUACGAAGGAGAUCAGUCUAGGAAAGUGUCGUCCGUGAUGAGUUCUUCUUCGGAGAUAGACGAUGGUGAUGAUAAUGAUGCGACGGCGCCACCGGAGAAAGAUUGUCGUAUAUGUCAUUUGGGAGUGGAAACGAGCGGUGGAGGUGCCAUUGAGUUAGGGUGUUCGUGUAAAGAAGAUUUGGCUGUUGCUCAUAGACAAUGCGCUGAGACUUGGUUCAAGAUCAAAGGCGACAAGUAA